AUGCCAGACAUUUCCAGCAAUCAAACCACGGACGGCUGCAACACAGACGCUUCUGGUAAAGGCUUUUACUGCAUUGGCUUUCCUGCUCUUCAGGACUACCAGAUCCCACGCUUUCUUGUCUUUCUCUUAUUCUACCUGCUAAUACUAGUCGGCAACAUCAUCAUCAUCACGGUUGUGGUGGUCGACCCAAAGCGUCACAAGCCCAUGUACUUUUUCCUAACGAAUCUCUCCGUGUUAGAUAUCCUGUUCACAACCACGACCAUUCCCAAAAUGCUGGCUAUGUUUCUGGUCGAUGCCAAAACGAUUUCUUUCCAGGCCUGUUUCCUGCAGAUGUACAGUUUCCACGGGCUAACGGUGACAGAAGCUCUGAUUCUGGUGGUCAUGUCUUACGAUCGCUAGGAAGCCAUUUGCAAUCCUUUGCAUUACGCGGUUCAAAUGACCAAGAGGAUGAACAUCCAGCUGGCAGCAAGUGCCUGGAUAACUGUCCUGAUCAUCCCGGCACCUGUCAUGAUCCAGACCUCUCAGUUAGCGUUUGGUGAAACCACCAAAGUUUAUCACUGCUUCUGUGAUCACCUGGCCGUGGUACAAGCAGCCUGCCCCGAUUUUGGUGCCACUUUUCAGACCUUCUUGGGGUUUUGCAUUGCCAUGAUGGUCUCCCUUGUGCCUCUUACCCUUGUCAUCCUGUUAUAUGCCCUGACUAUUAUCUCCAUAUUAAAGAUUGACUCCAAGGAAGGUCGGAGGAAAGCUUUUCCUACAUGCACUUCCCAUCUGAUUGUGGUUGGCAGUUAUUACUCUUCUGUGCUUGUGUCUUGCAUCUCUUACAGAGCAGACGUGCCUAUCGACACCCACAUCAUGAGCAAUGUGGUCUUUGCUAUUUUAUCUCCCUUGUUAAAUCCUCUCAUUUACACUUUACACAACAGGGAACUGAGACAGGCAAUAAGACAAUUUAUUGUGCUCAAGAUCUUUCCUCCUUCUAACAACAUUGAAGUGUUUUGGGGGAAUUUGCUCCAGCACUAUGUGAACCUCUGCACUAUUUCAGCCCCUUUGAAAAGAGAUUAA